GUAAUAUCCGGUCACUUUCUGUGUGAUCGAAAAGUAGGCACUUAUGUAGAGGUGGAAAUGUACGGUCUUCCAACUGAUACAAUUCGAAAAGAGCAUCGAACUCGAACCGUGCCAGCCAAUGCGCUCAAUCCGGUCUAUAAUAGUGAUCCCUUCGUCUUUCGAAAGGUUCAAUUACCAUUCUAUACUACUCCAUAA